UUAGGUACCCGCCUGGGGCGGACCAGGUGUGGAGGGUUGUGAUGCUCGCUUUUUAGCUGGGAAUGUGCGCUUAACGAGCACAGGUACGCAGGAAGACGGGCUACCUGCGCGCAAGUGUUUGUAGCAGAGUGACCAGCGGAGGCGUCAGACGUCACUGCCACGCUACCUGACGUUUCGGGAUAACACCUGACGUUGUAGCGUUAGGACCGAGUGAGGGGCUAAGAAUUGAGUUGUGGUGCACCGUGGGGACACGUUAAGUGGUAGGUGAGACACUGAACGGAGAUCUGCAGCUUCUUGUUACACCCGAGUCGGACUUUCACGGGCUAGAGCCACGCUUCCAAGCAUGGCCCGGGGACUGUACACCGCGACUGUGCUGUUUCUACACGCCGCCCUCGCCAUUCAGUACUGGGAAAACCCUACCUUGGACUACGGCAGCCCUUUCGGCAGCGAGGAGGCAGCGGCCAGAAUGUGGCCUAAGGAGAUACAGGGCCAUAACAUGCAGGGUUUGGACCUUUUCUCGGAAAUCUACGAGUCGCCUCCGCGCUUCAUGUUGGAACUGUACGAGCGGACAACCAACGGGAUUUUAGACGACGAGUCCGCCAAGUUCUACCUAAAGGGGAACACAGUACGGAGCAUGAAUCCGAUCAUACGAAGACUGGGUAAUGACGGGCAGGUGAUGUACCUGUUCAACUCGUCCUCCAUCCCGCGGACGGAGACCGUCAUCUCGGCAGAGAUCCGGUUCUUCCUGCCCCGGGCGAGGCUGAGGCAGUACGCGCGGGCGCCCAUAGAGGAGCCCGACUACUGGCAGGUGACUCUGCUGAGCAUCCCUCCUAUUGGCGCGGGUGCGGCGGCCACUACCCAGACCCGCAACAUCACCAUGUUCAGCUACGGCUGGCAGGUGGAGGACGUGGGGAGGGCCAUCAACUUUUCCCGGGAGCACCAGAGUCUUCUGGGGUUCAUAAUCACGUACCGCGGCGGCAGCGGGAUACAGCCGAGGAUCAGACGUCCCCGGCACCCGUCCUACCCCUUCCUGGUCGUCUUCGCAAACGACUCCAACACCGACAUCACUGAGGACGACGGCACGAACAUCCCCAUGUCCAACUCGCGGUCCGACUCCGCGCGGACCGACAACAGACAGGCGGUGGCGAGAUCCCGACGCCCGCGAGCCAUCUUCGACAACGAGAUCCCCGAGGACGAUGCCGAGGAACCGGAGACAUACGACAGACGGAGCAUGAUGAAAGCUCUGAAGCCCAGGUCCAAGCAGCGACGCAAAAAGAACCGGCGGAACCGCAACCGCGGCAGGAAGCGCAAGCUCAUCCGCAUCCCUGUCGGGACCAGCGGCGACAGAAGUACGACAGAAGACGACGCCGACGACACGCAGGAGACGCCUGUGGUGUGUUCUCGCCGGCCCAUGCGCGUCGACUUCGCCGACAUCGGCUGGAGCGACUGGAUCAUCUCUCCCAAGGCGUUCGACGCCUAUUACUGCGCCGGCACGUGCGACUUCCCCAUGUCUAAGGUGAUGAAACCCUCUAACCACGCGACGAUCCAGAGCAUCAUGCGGACGGUGGGCAUCACGUCUGGCGUGCCGUCUCCCUGCUGUGUGCCCGACAAGCUGUCCUCGCUCAGCAUCCUCUACUUCGACGAGAACAGAAACGUCGUGCUGAAGGUCUACCCCAACAUGUCUGUGGAGAGCUGCGCGUGUCGCUAGACUGUCGUACCGUCGUCGGGUCGCGGUCACAUGCGUCGUAGGUCGUCGUGCGAUUGUCGUAAGAAUUCGUAAUACAUAAAAAAUACUAGAAAAGUAACAUUUGCAAAGAAAAUGCAUAAUGUUUACUCAAACACAUUCACAUACAUGUAUAUGGUGACAGCAGUUUAAAUGCC